UCUUCUCUCGUAAUAAUGAAUCUUCUCCACGGCAUUUCCUCCACUUGACCACUUGCGGAUUGUGACUCAACAGAAUAUUACUAUUAUUUGAGCCCAUUUGCUUAACUUAAUAAUUGGGAGGGUUCGCCUACGGACCCAAUCAAUCAAUCAAUCCCAUUAUCAAAAUGCGGUAUUACUCCAACUUGCAACUUCCAUUGCUUUUUCUCCUCGUGCUAUUUGCGGAAAUAUUUGCCGGAAGAGCCCCACCCUGCGAAGACCCCGGUGUGUGCGGUCCUUACAGCCAAUGUCUCCAAGUGGACAAUCUCAAGAGGCGAAGUGAAGACUCCGGAUUCGACUGGAGUCAGACUAUUUCGCGUGCCCUCAAAAAAUGGCAGGCUCGUCCCGACCCUAACCAUUCCAACGUUGGGAACACGAAUGGAACGGCCCAAACGGUCCUGUGUGCCUGCAUGCCUCAUCACAUUGGUGCACCACCGAAAUGCAGACCACUGUCCUGCGCAGCCAAUGCGGAUUGUCCUUCGCAGUUCUCUUGUGUCAAGGGUUUGUGCAAAGACCCGUGCCAAGGAAUUUGCGGAGUGGGAGCCGAAUGCAAAGUUGUGAACCAUUUUCCCGUAUGUCGAUGUCUGAGAGGUUUUAAUGGAGAUCCAUUUUUCCAAUGCAAAGCUUCUUAUUGCAACGACAACGAGCAGUGUCCGGCGGACUUGGCAUGCAAAGGCAACAACUGUCGGGACCCUUGCGAGGGCGUAAAAUGUGGGGCCAACGCUAAAUGCUGGGUUGUGAGACAUCACGCGACGUGUGUAUGCGUUCCUGGGUAUACGGGAAAUCCAUUUGAUGCAUGUGCUGCAGUUGUCGAAGACGAGAUCGCUGCAAGAUGCAAUCUGGACGUUGACUGUCAACCGAAUGAAGCCUGUGUCAAUGGCUACUGUCGGGAUCCGUGUGUCGGCUAUUGCAAAGGGCUGUGGAAGAAGUGUGAAGUUAUCGAGCACAAACCUCGGUGCAACUGCGAGGUCAAUACUUAUCCGGCAGAUGAUGGAAAUUGUCUCCUUAAUUCAGGUUCAUAUUGUGGCCGUGACCCCAUUCGCGUCUGCGGUCAGAAUUCCCAGUGUAUUGAGUCCACCGUGGGGCCCGUGUGUCGCUGUCUGGCCGGAUAUGUGGGCAACCCCCCGAACUGCAAGGCUUGUGUGAGUGCCUUCGAAUGUGGGAAGAGUGACCAAACUUGUCUAAACGGGCGGUGUGUCCACGCCUGCACGACGAUGCACUGUGCCUCGAAUGCCGUGUGCGUGGUGGAGGAAGGAAAUCCGGAAUGUAAAUGUCUGAAGGGUUACGAAGGGGACGGAAUCGCCGAGUGCGUCAAGGUGAAGACGCCGAUGAAUCUCACCGCAUGCGAAAACGAUACCCAGUGCAUUGGAACGGAAAGCUGCAUCAACGCAAAAUGCCAAUCACCCUGCAUCGGCACUUGCGGCAAUGCGGCUGAAUGUAUCAUACGGAACCGAAUUCCUUCUUGCUACUGUCCGGCAGGGUUCACUGGAGACCCAUACUUUUGGUGCGUGCAGGUUCCACCUCGCCCUCCAUUUGAGGGGGAUGAAUGCGACACGGAUGCCGACUGUCCGGACGACAUGAGCUGUGGCCUUCAUGGGUUCUGCGUCAAUCCUUGCAAUCAUGUUUGUGCUGUUCAUACUGGUGCAAAAUGUGAAGCCAAACGUCAUCGUGCGACAUGUUGGUGUCCGAAUGUUGGACAACCCUGGAAGCGUUGCUUUUCUGCGCAGGAAGUCAAUAGCACCUCCACCGUGGGGCAUGCAGGUCCAUACAGCUUGGUGAACAAACGGCGUGUUGGUCCAUGCAACCCAAGUCCUUGUGGAACAAUGGCAUCUUGUCAUGUUAGCAGAAGUCGGGCCGUGUGUCAUUGCCUUCCAGGCUACAAUGGAAUUCCUCCAGCGUGUACUCCAAAAUGCUUUAAAGACCACGACUGUCCAUCCAACAUGGCCUGCAUUCAUGGCCAGUGCGGUGACCCGUGCCAUUCCAAAUGCAGUCGCAAUGAGUACACGUUCUGCACAGUAAUUGACCACAAACCAAUGUGUGUUGAUGCUACGAAUGAGAAUCUACUGCUACGAGUGGCGAACAACAAUAAUGGGUGAGCAGACAGGGUCACGAUGAGCUUGAGCGACCACGAUUUGCGAACCUCGCUCGUUUACCAAGUAAUUAUGUAGCUUAUUAUUUCUGUUCGCACUUGACAAACAAUUAUUUAAACCCACUGUUUUGUGUUACAUAGUUCGUUAUGAUAUAAUAAUAAGCAAACAAAUUGUGCAUGUAAAAAAUGAGUGAACUUGGCAUUAUGCAAUGAAAUAUUACUUUUCACGGCCAAAA